AGAGGGCUGUCGGCGCAGUAGCAGCUAGCAGCAGCGGCCGCGCGCUCCGGCGAGGGGCAGAGCAGGGCGAGAAGCGCCAGGCAGCGGGAGGAGCGAGGCCGAGCGCGCGGACCGAGCCGCAGCCCCAGCCAGCCGCCUGCCUUUCCAGCCGCCCGCCUUCCCAGCCGCCGGCAUGGCGCACCAGCUUCUGUGCUGCGAAGUGGAGACCAUCCGCCGCGCGUACCCCGAUGCCAACCUCCUCAACGACCGGGUGCUGCAGGCCAUGCUCAAGGCGGAGGAGACCUGCGCGCCCUCCGUGUCCUACUUCAAGUGUGUGCAGAAGGAGAUCUUGCCGUCGAUGCGCAAAAUAGUGGCCACCUGGAUGCUGGAGGUCUGCGAGGAGCAGAAGUGCGAAGAGGAAGUCUUCCCGCUGGCCGUGAACUAUCUGGACCGCUUCCUGUCGCUGGAACCGGUGAAGAAGGGCCGCCUGCAGCUGCUGGGGGCCACCUGCAUGUUCGUGGCCUCCAAGAUGAAAGAAACUAUCCCCCUGACCGCCGAAAAACUGUGCAUCUAUACCGACAACUCCAUCCGCCCCGACGAGCUGCUGCACAUGGAGCUGCUCCUGGUGAACAAACUCAAGUGGAACCUGGCGGCCACGACCCCCCACGACUUCAUCCAGCACUUCCUCUGCAAGAUGCCAGUGGCCACCGAGAACAAGCAUAUCAUCCGGAAGCACGCGCAGACCUUCGUGGCUCUCUGUGCCACAGAUGUGAAGUUCAUUUCCAACCCGCCCUCCAUGGUGGCCGCCGGGAGCGUCCUGGCUGCUGUGCAAGGCCUGCACCUGGGCAGCCCCAACGGCCACCUCUCCCACCACCGCCUCACUCGGCUGCUGUCCAAAGUGAUCAAGUGUGACCCGGACUGCCUCCGGGCCUGCCAGGAGCAGAUCGAGGCCCUGCUGGAGUCCAGCCUGCGCCAGGCCCAGCAGCAGAACCUGGACCCCAAGGCCGCAGAGGAGGAGGAGGAGGAAGAGGAGCUGGACCUGGCCUGCACCCCCACCGAUGUCCAGGAUGUGAGCAUCUGA